UGGAAUAAAUAAACGUCAUGAUUUUUGAACGGUCAAAUUCAUUUUCCGACUAUGAGAAAUUAGAUUUUCGUUUUUGAGACUGAACGAAUAAUUCGUGAAUUGUUGAAAUUCACAACGAAACAUAUAUAUUAUUGUAAAUGGUUGCUCUACUUUCUGAUAACAUAACAAAUAAAUUGGAAUAUUUUUUUCGAAAAAAAUAUUGGUCCCUUUCAAUGAAUGUGAACCCCUCCGAUCUACUUCCAACCCAGCCAAACCACACUUAUGGAUCGAAACUCACCCCCUUUGGAUUGUUCAAGAAUGUCUUAUUAUGUUUCGUUGUUCUUGGAGGGUUGUAUAUAAUAGUAGAUAAAGUAACGGACGAACACACGAUGAAAAUAGAGAGAAAAUCCAUGGAAAAAGAUGAAUGCGAAGAUGUUGAAGAUCAUUUAGGGCAUAAAAAAUUCAGUGAGAAUAUGUUAAAUGUUGAAAGGGAGGCUUUAAGUGCUAAUGCUCUUAGUUCGAUCAAAAGCGAUGUCGCAAGUUUGAAAAGCCAGGUUAUGAAUCUAUGGAAUAAUAUGAAUGGCGUACCAUCAACAUGCGAGAUACCUGAAAUUGAGAAUAAAAUUCGGCAUGCUAUACUAGAGAGCGAUGUAGUUGAUAGUAAAAUAAAGAAAGCCCUAGAUACAUACGAUGCUGAUAAGUUAGCCUUAUAUGAUUAUGCGGCUGAUUACGCGGGUGGUGAAAUAAUUGCUAUCCCAGAAACUACACCUUAUCCAACGAGCAAGAUAAUGCAGCUAUUCGGAUUUUUCAAGCUGACCUAUUCCUCUUCACCAAACGAAAUUAUAAAACCCAGUACUAUACCCGGGGACUGCUUCAGAUUUUACGGUUCCAAAGCAAAAAUAAUACUGAGAUUGGGUAAGAAAAUACCCGUGGGUUCUGUCACAAUGGAACACAGCCCGCUCCUGGAGGAUCAUUCUGAUGCCCCGAAGGACUUCAAAGUUUUCGGACUGACGGAUUCAGAAAAUGGCAAGAAAAUUCUGUUGGGCACUUACACUUUCAACAUACAGAAGCAUGAUUCAUCCAUCCAGAAUUUUCCGAUCAGUUCUUCGAUAUUUUCAAACAAUGACUUCGAGUACGUAGAGCUGGAAAUUCUUAGUAAUCACGGCAACGAACGGUUUACAUCCAUUUAUAGGUUUAGGGUGCACGCAGGAAAAACUAAAGAAUGAAUUAAAAUUGUUAUUUUUUACUGAAAAUAUAUGUUACGUGUAAACAUU